GGCCGUCCAUGAUGCAUCGCAUAUACCGCCAAAUACGAAAGCAGGUGAUAUGCGUUACUACGGACUGCAGCCCCUGCAAGAUGACCCCUACAAAAAUGGGAGCCAAACGGGAAGUGUGCAAUCUUUGGGAACUUCAGAGACAGUGCAGCCCAUGAGUGCCCAGACUGCUUUUAGCUAUGAAGGUAUUAUGGAGAUAACAAAUGGGUUUUCUAGUCAAAACAUUAUUGGAGAGGGGGGAUUUGGUUGCGUUUACAAGGGUUGGCUGGCAGAUGGAAGAGUUGUAGCAGUCAAGAAGCUGAAGGCGGGCAGUGGGCAAGGCGAUCGGGAAUUUCGUGCAGAAGUGGAGAUUAUCAGUCGUGUUCAUCAUCGACAUUUAGUAUCGUUAGUCGGUUAUUGCAUAUCCGAGCAGCAAAAGAUUCUUAUGUACGAGUUUGUUCCCAAUGGAACGCUCGAUCAUCACUUGCACGGAAAAGGAAUGCCAGUGUUAGAUUGGGCCAAGAGGGUGAAGAUAGCAAUUGGUGCCGCAAGAGGUCUGGCAUAUCUGCAUGAGGAUUGCCACCCAAAGAUUAUCCACAGAGAUAUAAAGUCAGCAAAUAUACUUUUGGAUGAUGCUUAUGUGGCAAAGGUUUCGGACUUUGGACUUGCGAGGCUAACAGAUGAUGCCGAUACUCAUGUAUCAACUCGUGUCAUGGGAACCUUCGGGUACAUGGCUCCAGAGUAUGCAACAAGUGGAAAGUUAACAGAUAGGUCGGAUGUCUUCUCCUUUGGAGGUCUCCUAGAGCUUUUGACUGGAAGGAAACCAGUUGAUCAAACUCAACCACUGGGAGAAGAGAGUUUGGUUGAGUGGGCCAGACCUCAUCUCAUUCAUGCAGUUGAUACUGGUGACUUCAACAAACUAAUAGACACAAGGCUUGAAAAUCAUUAUGUGGAGAGCGAAGUACUUAGAAUGAUUGACGCAGCUGCAGCAUGUGUUCGCCAUUCUGCUCCAAAACGGCCCCGGAUGCUUCAGGUCGUAAGAGCCUUAGAUAGUGGCAGUGAACCAGUUGACCUAUCCAACGGAGUGAAAUAUGGUCAGAGCACUGCUUAUGAUUCUGGACAGUAUGAUGAAGAAAUUAUGAGAUUUAGGAUGAUGAAUGGUGUAAGCUUUAGCAGUUCUGAAUUUGAUUUGUAUGAUGAAGAAUAUAGUUCAAGAGAACUAUCCGGCUUCCGACGUGCAUUUGCUCGGGCUGGUUCGGGUGGCGAGUCCAGCUCUCAAGCUUUCAGCAAAGGUGGGAGCAGUGGGCAAACGAAGGAAUGA